AUGUGUGAGAUGGACAUGGAAAGCUCGAGUGAGAUGAUGAAUGCACACAGUCAAAAACCGGUUUCCUUUAAUUCCUUAUUUCAUCAGCUGCUCAAUCUAGAAAGGCCAUGUCCAGAAGACACAUGCGAUCUUUGUGACUGUGCACGAAUUAGGGAGCAACAUCUAAAGCUGGUAGAAGAAAAGAAUCAGUUGCAAGAGAGAGCGAGGCAACUCGAGGAAUUAAAAGCUUCAAUGCUACAAAUGCCACCGGAAGUAAUGGUUAACGCAGUGGUUGAAGAAUGCAUGCAGUUCCUGCUAUCAAAAGGGUUUGACCCAAAGUAUGAACAAGCUAUGCGAGCAGCAAUAGCAAAAGGAACUAACCCAGCAAAGUUUCGAUUUUUCUUUCAAAAAAUGGCAGCAGCAGGCGAAGUCGACCCAAUAUUCGAACCAUUCAUGAUAAAACCGCCAGAUAUAGGAGCUAACCCGGGCAGCUAGGUUUGAAAUCUACCUUGGAUCUAUGGAUGGUAUGUCUGAUGAGCGUUCAACUCAACUACGAGGUUCUUGUUGACUACUUAAUUCCUGUAAUGUAGGAUGAGGAUUUGAUCCUUGGAAUGUUGGUAAUGUGCAGUACCGUAAUAUCUAUACAAUUGAAUUUCCAAGUAGCGAACCUUUUAUCAUAAUGCAC